CAGUUUCUAUGUGUGAGUUAUUCAGUUGCAUGUGUGCAAAAGAACACGCUUGUCGUGUUGCGGUACGUGUGCUUUCUACGAAAUUGACUUUCAUCGCCUCGGCCGGUCGCGGAGGCGUAGCACAAGCGCAUAGCGCUGCAGCGUGCACUGAGCGCGGCCACCAAGCGCGGCCACCGAGCGCGGAGCAGAGCGCGGCAGUGCGCCGGAGUCCACACCGGCGGCAAGACGGACAGCGCGCGGCAGCCGGGGCCCGCGCCGCGCGCCUCGGGGCGGACGCCCGUCCCCCCGCCGAGGCGACGCUGGGUCCCGCCCUCCUGUCUGCGCCACCACGAGGUGCCCGACGGAGAUGCCAAGCACGACAUCAUAUUCCGGAAAGUGAGGGGCAUCCUCAAUAAGCUCACGCCGGAGAAGUUCCAGAAACUGAGCGAUGAUUUGCUCGGUUUGGAGCUCGACUCCGACAAGGUGCUUAAGGGUGUGAUCCUCCUUAUUUUCGAGAAGGCACUCGACGAGCCCAAAUAUUCGUCGAUGUAUGCACAGCUGUGCAAAAGACUAAGUGAAGAGGCACCGAACUUUGAACCUCCCGGUCAGCCCUGCACGUUCAAACUGUUGCUUCUGAACAAAUGCCGGACCGAAUUCGAGAACCGCGCUCAGGCGUUCGCCGCUUUCGAAGACAAAGCGUUGUUGCCGGAAGAGGAGGAAAAGCGACAUCUCGCAAAAUGCAAGAUGUUAGGCAACAUCAAAUUUAUCGGGGAGCUCGGCAAGCUGGAAAUCCUAGCCGAGUCCAUCCUGCAUAGAUGCAUCCAGAACCUGCUGGCGCGGCGCGCGGCCGCGGAGCACCACGAGGACCUGGAGUGCCUGGCGCAGCUCGUGCGCACCUGCGGCCGCGUGCUGGACUCGGAGCGCGGCCGCGGGCUCAUGGACCAGUACUUCGCGCGCAUCGAGACGCUCUCCGCCUCGCGCGACCUGGCGCCGCGCAUCCGCUUCAUGCUGCGCGACACGGUGGAGCUGCGUCGCGGCGGCUGGGUGCCGCGCGCCGCCGUGUCGGCCGAGGGCCCCGUGCCCAUCCACCAGCUGCGCGCCGACGACGACCACGUGCCGCGCCGCGACCGCGAGCGCGAGCGCGACCGCGACCGCGAGCGCGACUCCCUGUUCCGCGGCGGCCUGCGCGCGCGCCCGCUGGACGACGUGCUGGCCGGCCUCAGCCUGCAGCCGGCCGCGGCGCUGGUGCCGGCGCCCGACAAGCUCUUCGGUAACGGCUUCGGCGCCUCGCGCGACGGCUUCCGCCAGCGCUCGGCGCCCGGCUACUACCCGCGCCAGGGCAACAACCUGCACUACAACAAACACUCGCAGACCAACCAGCAGGGCAACGGUUCCAAGGACGGGUCUUCGCGCUCCAACAAGGCGCGCGUGUACACGGCGGGCGCGCUGGCGGACGUCCAGAUGCGGCCGGCCGCCAACUCGCUCAUGUUCACCGCCAACAAGCUGUCCAAGCCGCAGCCGCAGCUGCCGCUGGCGCCCGUGCAGCAGAACGUACUGACUCCUGCCUUCGCGAGCACGCCGCAGCUACUGAAGGAACCCACGAUCACCAUCAAGCCGGCCGCUGACAAGAAAGACAAGCCGAAAAAGGAUAAGGGCCCCAACAAGGAGGAAGCGUGCCGGCUGGCCCUGCAGGCCGUGGACGAGGCGCUCACCGCCGACGACGACGCAGAGCUCGACGCGCUGCGCUCCCUGCGCGCGCUGCAGCCCGCCGACAAGCUGGUGCGGCGCUGUCUGGCCGCCGUGCUCGAGCACGCGCUGCACGCGCCGCGCGGGGACGACGCCGCCCUGCGCGCCGCCGUGCGCGUCGCCCGCGCGCUGCGCCGCGCCGCGCCCGACGCCUGGCGCGCGCUCGUGCAGGCCGCGCACCCGCACCCGCGCCUGCCGCGCCUGCUGGCCGCCGCGCUGCUGCAGCAGGCGCUGGCGCUGGCCGAGCUGGCGGCCUGGUGCGAGGCGGGCGCGCUGCACCCGCUGCUGCUGGACGUGCUGCAGGCGCUGCGCGACGCGGCCGGCGACGCGCGCACCAUGGCGCUGUGCGAGGACGCGCAGCUCAACGUGUGCGCGCACGUGGCGCCGGGCGGGGCCGAGCCGCCGCAGGCGCUGGAGGCGCUGGAGGCGCGCGGCCUGGCGGCGCUGGUGCCGCAGCUGCGCGUGCAGGCGCAGCUCGCGCGCCAGCUGGCCGCCGAGCCCGCGCCGCACGCGCUGUACCGCUGGAUCAAGGUGCGUCCGUCGACGGCUGGCGUGGCGGCAGGCAGAGCCCCGAUAUAUAACGAGUCGUGUCCCCACAGGCCAACGUGGAGCCCAGCGUGCGCGCCAACGCGGCGUUCGUGUCGUCGCUGGUGGCGCUGGUGGCGGAGCACGUGUCGCGCGCGGCGGGGGCUGCAACGCCGGCGCCGGACAAGGCGGCGCUGGAGCGCGAGAAGGCGCUGCUGGAGGCGUACGCGCCGCUGCUGA